UAAUGGCAGUUUGAAUGGAAACCUAAACAAUGGCACUGCCAACGGAAACAAUAACGGAAAUGUUAACAAAGGUGAUUUUAAUGGCAUGCUUAACGGUAAUAUAAACAACGGAACCAACAAUGGAAACUCAAAUGGAAACAAAAACAAGGGUAACAAAAAUGGAAAAGAAAAUGGCAAUGAAAACAAAGGCCAUGACAACGGAAAUUCCAAUGGAAAUUCCAAUGUUGGUAACUUGAACGGAAAAGAAAAUGGCAACAAGAACAAAGGCAAUGGCAAUGGAAACGUAAACGGAAACCAAAACAAAGGUGACAAAAACGGAAAGAAGAAUGGAAAUAAAAAUGUCGGUGAUGAUAAUGGCAAUUUGAAUGGAAACCUAAACAAUGGUACCUCUAACGGAGUCGAAAAUGGAAACCUAAAUAAUGGCAGCACCAACGGAAACAACAACGGAAAUGUUAACAAAGGUGACUUUAAUGGCAUGCGCAACGGUAACGAAAACAACGGAACCUACAAUGGAAACGCAAACGGAAACAAAAACAAGGGUAACAAAAACGGAAAAGAAAAUGGCAAUAAAAAUAAAGGUCAUGCCAAUGGAAAUACCAACGGAAAUGAAAAUGUUGGUAACUUGAAUGGAAAAGAAAAUGGUAACAUGAACGAAGGCAAUAGCAAUGGAAACGUAAACGGAAAUAUAAAUAAAGGCAAUAAAAACGGAAAGAAGAAUGGAAACAAGAACAAAGGAAACAGCAAUGGUUCCUUGUCUGGUAACAAGAACGAAGGCAACGAGAACGGAAGCUAUAAUGGUAGUAAUAAUAAUGGCUCGUACAAUGGACUCGUUAACGGUAAUGAAAACAUCGGUGACGACAACGGAAACUACUCGGGCAACAACAACCUGUAA